AUGCUUCAAGAAAAACUUCCCUAUAAAAUGUAUAUUGGUUCGGAGGUUCCUAGUAAACCUUCCCCCAAUUGGACACGAUUCGUUUGCGUCAGCGAUACACACAAUACGGUCAAUUCAGAAAAUUUUCACUUGCCUGACGGUGAUAUUCUACUUCACGCUGGAGAUCUGACCAAGAAUGGUGCUCUAAGUCAAAUAGAAUCAGUCGUUGACUGGCUCAAGAGCCUUCCACACGGUCGUAAAAUAAUUAUCGCAGGAAAUCAUGAAACAUGCUUAGAUAUACCAUUUUAUCAGCAUAAUUGGCGGCGCUUCCAUACUCAAAAACAAAAUUCGGUUAAAGCACUCGAAAUAAUAAGAAAUGCUGCUUGUGGAAUUGUAUAUUUAGAAGAUGAGUCAUUUACAAUUCCAGAGAACGGCUAUAAUAUAUAUGGAAGUCCGUAUUCACCAGA